AUAAACGGAGAGAAUUAAUAUAACUCUGUUUAAUCAAAGUAAAUUGCUUUUCGAAUUACCUAAAUUUACACAAAUGGUUCCUAUUUUGCCCACGUCGGGGCGCUUAUUGACUUUGUCAUGUCGAUAUAUCCAAACAACGGAGUGGAAGAGAAAGAGAUGAUUAACUUUGGUCAGAAAUUUAUAAGAAUUAUAUAAUAAUUAGCAUUAAAAAUACCCUGAACUCAAAGAAUGUUAUCAAAAACUAUAGUGAAGAUCUGUAGCAUUGUUUUCACCAGUCACGUCGUUUUAGGUAUAGUACCUAUCAUUCAGCCAUUUACCUUUCCUAAUAUGCUGAUAGAAGGCGACAGCACUAAAUUACUAUGUGCAGUGCUAAAAGGCGAUAAACCAUUGAAUUUUAAAUGGUUUAAAGAUGGAAAUGAAAUCGUUACUAACUCAAAUGUAGAAAUAUUAAUAUUACAAGAUAGUUCUAUACUUACUAUACAUCAUCUAAAUGCAGAAAAUAGCGGUAAUUAUACAUGCGUGGUGAGUAAUGCCAUGGGAGUAACUAAUUAUACAACCAAGAUAACAGUAAGAGCUGAACCAAAAUGGGUUUUGGAACCCAAGGAUAUGGAAAGUACUUUAGGUAGUGCAAUUACCAUAGAAUGUUCGGCAUCUGGAUUCCCAUUUCCAAAUAUCAUUUGGAAAAAAUUAAUCGGUGAAUUGUUUAUUAUUUAACUAAAUAACACAUUAUAUAAAAACAUAAGAUAUUUCUGUUUUCUACUGUUUUCAUAAAAAUUUUUUUCUCGUUUAGGGGAUGAUAUUACAACUAGUCAAGAACACGUGAUUAAUAAGAACGGAAGUUUAUAUUUUCAUGCGUUGACUAGAGAAGACAACGGGUUUUAUGUAUGUCAAGUCGAUAAUGGGGU